AUGGCAUCUUUGCCUCCUCCGCCUCCUCCUGGAUGGGGUGCAGCGUCCUCAGCCAUGCCGAUGGCACCGCCGCCCCCCGGAUUCCAACCGCUCGCUGACCCGACCGUCGCAAAAUUUGCGCAGAAGAAGCAUGAAUGGCUACGAACGCAGCGCAGUCGUUUCGGCGAGAAGCGUAAAGGGGGAUUCGUGGAGACUCAGAAGGCUGAUAUGCCCCCGGAACAUUUGCGAAAGAUUGUGAAGGAUAUUGGCGAUGUGUCGCAGCGAAAAUUCACCAACGAAAAGCGUAGCUAUUUGGGCGCGUUGAAGUUUAUGCCUCAUGCCGUCCUCAAGCUGCUGGAAAACAUGCCAAUGCCCUGGGAGUCAGCCAGGGAAGUCAAGGUUCUCUACCACGUUAACGGAUGUUUGACUUUGGUCAACGAGACCCCGCGUGUGAUUGAGCCAGUCUUCCACGCUCAAUGGGCUACUAUGUGGAUGUGCAUGCGUCGCGAAAAGAGUGAUCGACGACACUUCAAGCGUAUGCGAUUCCCUCCUUUUGAUGACGAAGAACCACCUCUUUCAUGGUCAGAGAACAUUGAGGAUGUCGAGCCUUUGGAACCCAUCCAGAUGGAGCUGGACGACGAGGAAGAUGCGGCAGUCUACGAAUGGCUUUACGACCACCGACCCCUCCUAGAUACCCCUCACGUUAAUGGACCAAGCUAUAAGAGCUGGAACCUGUCAUUACCACAGAUGGCAACUCUUCACCGUCUCAGCCACCAACUUCUUAGCGAUGUGGUAGAUCAAAAUUAUCACCAUAUGUUCGACCUCAACAGCUUUUUCACAGCAAAGGCUCUCAACGUGGCUAUCCCCGGUGGUCCCCGCUUCGAGCCCCUGUACAAAGAUAUCGAUCCGAACGAUGAGGAUUUCAGCGAAUUCAACGCCAUUGACCGCAUUAUUUUCCGUGCCCCCAUUCGUACCGAGUACCGCGUCACAUUCCCCUUCCUGUAUAAUACCCUCCCCCGCAGUGUCAAGGUCGCCUGGUACUCCCACCCCCAAGUGGUUUAUGUUCGCACUGAGGAUCCUAAUCUCCCCGCCUUCUACUUCGACCCCGUCAUUAAUCCUAUCUCUUCCCGAUCCGUCGGCCCGAAAAACAUCACUGUCAGCCACGAGGAUGAAAUCUUCGGUGAGGGCAAUAAUGAAGAUGAUUUCGAGCUUCCUGGUGAGGUUGAGCCAUUCUUCGACGACGAGGAACUUUACACAGCGGAUACCGCGUCUGCUAUCGCGUUAUGGUGGGCCCCUCAUCCAUUCGAUAAGCGAUCUGGCAAGAUGGUGCGAGCUCAGGAUGUGCCUCUCGUCAAGCAGUGGUAUUUGGAGCAUUGCCCGCAGGGUCAGCCCGUUAAAGUUCGCGUCUCCUACCAGAAGCUUCUUAAGACUUACGUACUUAAUGAGCUGCACAAGAGCACGCCCAAGGCCCAGAGCAAGCAUAAUUUACUGAAGACGCUUAAGACUACCAAGUUCUUCCAGCAGACGACUAUUGAUUGGGUCGAGGCUGGUUUGCAAGUUUGUCGCCAAGGCUUCAACAUGCUGAACUUGCUGAUCCAUCGCAAGAACUUGACCUACCUUCAUCUUGAUUACAACUUCAACUUGAAGCCCGUGAAGACUCUGACGACCAAGGAACGAAAGAAGUCUCGUUUCGGAAAUGCUUUCCACUUGAUGCGAGAAAUUCUUCGAUUGACCAAAUUGAUUGUCGACGCUCAAGUUCAGUACCGUCUGGGUAACAUUGAUGCUUUCCAGCUUGCAGACGGUAUCCUCUAUGCUUUCAACCACGUCGGCCAGCUGACUGGUAUGUACCGGUACAAGUACAAGCUGAUGCACCAGAUUCGUUCGUGCAAGGACUUGAAGCAUCUUAUCUACUACCGUUUCAACUCUGGCCCUGUUGGUAAAGGUCCUGGAUGUGGUUUCUGGGCCCCAGCUUGGCGCGUUUGGUUGUUCUUCAUGCGUGGUAUCAUUCCCCUCCUCGAGAGAUGGCUCGGAAACUUGCUUUCUCGUCAAUUUGAGGGACGACACAGCAAGGGCGUUGCGAAGACUGUUACUAAGCAGCGUGUGGAAUCUCAUUUCGAUCUUGAGCUGCGUGCUUCGGUCAUGGCGGAUCUCAUGGAUAUGAUGCCUGAGGGUAUCAAGCAAAACAAGGUCAACGUUGUAUUGCAACACCUGUCUGAAGCCUGGAGAUGUUGGAAGAGUAAUAUCCCCUGGAAAGUCCCUGGCUUGCCCGCUCCUAUUGAAAACAUCAUUCUUCGAUACGUUAAGAGCAAAGCCGACUGGUGGAUCUCGGUUGCCCACUACAACCGUGAGAGAAUUCGCCGGGGUGCCACCGUUGACAAGACCGUGGCGAAGAAGAACCUGGGUCGUCUUACUCGUCUCUGGCUCAAGUCAGAGCAAGAAAGACAGCACAACUACUUGAAGGAUGGUCCUUAUGUCUCGUCCGAAGAGGCUGUGGCUAUCUACACCACAAUGGUUCAUUGGUUGGAGUCGCGUAAAUUUUCGCCCAUUCCAUUCCCCAGUGUCUCAUACAAGCAUGAUACCAAGAUCCUCAUCCUGGCUCUUGAGCGCCUUCGCGAGUCCUAUUCUGUAAAGGGUAGAUUGAACCAGAGCCAACGUGAAGAGCUCGCCUUGAUUGAACAAGCGUACGAUUCCCCUGGAACUACUUUGGCUAGAAUCAAGCGUUUUCUCCUCACCCAGCGAGCCUUUAAGGAAGUGGGCAUCGAUAUGAAUGAUAACUACAACAAUAUCAACCCCGUCUACGACAUUGAGCCCAUUGAGAAGAUCACUGAUGCUUACCUGGAUCAGUACUUGUGGUACCAAGCAGAGCAGCGCCACUUAUUCCCCGCCUGGAUUAAGCCUUCUGAUUCCGAAGUGCCACCCCUUUUGACCUACAAGUGGACCCAGGGUAUUAACAACCUGUCCAAUGUUUGGGAAACUGCUGAUGGUGAGACCAAUGUCAUGAUCGAGACUGAAUUGUCAAAAGUCUAUGAGAAGAUGGAUCUUACUUUGUUGAACCGUAUGCUUCGUUUGAUCAUGGACCACAACUUGGCAGACUACAUCACUUCCAAGAACAACGUUCAGCUUAGUUAUAAGGACAUGAACCACACCAACAGCUACGGUUUGAUCCGUGGUCUACAGUUCUCAGGCUUUGUCUUCCAGUACUACGGUCUGAUGAUCGAUUUGCUGCUCCUUGGCUUGCAGAGAGCCAGUGAAAUGGCUGGCCCGCCCGCUAGUCCUAACGACUUCUUGCAGUUCCGUGACCGUGCAACUGAAACCAGACAUCCCAUUCGUCUCUACACUCGUUACGUUGAUAGAAUUUGGGUGUUCUUCCGCUUCGACGCAGACGAAUCCAGAGACCUCAUUCAACGCUUCCUCACUGAGAACCCCGACCCUAAUUUCGAGAAUGUUAUCGGUUACAAGAACAAAAAGUGCUGGCCACGCGACUGUCGAAUGCGCUUGAUGCGCCACGAUGUUAACCUUGGACGUGCUGUCUUCUGGGAUCUCAAGAACCGUCUGCCCCGCUCAAUUACCACAAUCGAGUGGGACGACACGUUUGCUAGCGUGUACAGCAAGGACAACCCUAAUCUGCUUUUCUCGAUGAGUGGAUUUGAAGUGCGUAUUCUUCCUAAGAACCGCAACCAGAAUGAAGAAUUCUCAGUCAAGGACAGCGUUUGGUCUUUGGUAGACAACUCGACCAAGGAACGCACUGCGCACGCCUUCCUUCAGGUGACUGAAGAAGAUAUCCAGAAGUUCAACAACCGCAUCCGACAGAUUUUGAUGUCCUCUGGAUCAACCACAUUCACCAAGAUUGCGAACAAGUGGAACACAGCGCUCAUUGCUCUGUUCACAUACUACCGUGAAGCCGCUGUGUCGACCGUCAAUCUUCUUGAUACCAUUGUGAAGUGUGAGACAAAGAUCCAGACUCGUGUCAAGAUUGGCCUGAACUCCAAGAUGCCGUCUCGUUUCCCGCCAGCGGUAUUUUACACACCCAAGGAGCUUGGUGGUUUGGGUAUGAUAUCUGGAUCCCAUAUUCUCAUUCCCACCAGCGACAAGCGUUGGUCCAAGCAAACUGAUACCGGUAUCACCCAUUUCCGAGCGGGUAUGUCGCAUGAUGAGGAGACUCUUAUUCCCAACAUUUUCCGUUACAUCAUUCCUUGGGAAGCCGAGUUCAUCGAUUCCCAACGUGUUUGGAUGGAGUAUUCUCAGAAGCGUUUGGAAGCCCAGCAGCAGAAUCGUCGUCUGACCCUAGAGGAUCUGGAGGAUAGCUGGGACCGCGGUCUUCCCCGUAUCAACACUCUUUUUCAAAAGGAUCGUAGUACUCUGAGCUUCGACAAGGGCUUCCGUCUUCGUGCCGAGUUCAAGCAGUAUCAGUUGAUGAAGAGCAAUCCAUUCUGGUGGACUAGCCAGAGGCACGACGGUAAACUUUGGAAUCUGAAUGCCUACAGAACCGAUGUUAUCCAGGCAUUGGGUGGUGUUGAGACCAUUCUCGAGCACACUCUGUUCAAGGCCACUGCUUUCCCAUCCUGGGAGGGUCUUUUCUGGGAACGAGCCUCAGGUUUCGAAGAGUCCAUGAAGUUCAAGAAACUGACAAACGCUCAGCGAUCCGGUCUCAACCAGAUUCCCAACCGUCGUUUCACUCUUUGGUGGUCUCCUACUAUCAAUCGUGCCAACGUCUACGUUGGUUUCCAGGUUCAACUGGAUUUGACUGGUAUUUUCUUGCACGGCAAGAUUCCCACACUGAAGAUCUCUUUAAUUCAGAUCUUCCGUGCUCACUUGUGGCAGAAGAUCCACGAGUCCGUGGUGAUGGAUUUGUGUCAAGUCUUCGAUCAAGAGUUGGAGCAACUGGGCGUCGAGGCUGUUCAGAAGGAAACUAUUCACCCUCGUAAGUCGUACAAGAUGAACAGCUCCUGCGCGGAUAUCCUUCUUUUCGCCACAAACAAGUGGAAUGUCACCCGGCCAUCCCUGCUAUAUGAUACCAAGGAUGUUUACGAACCUACGACCACCAACAAGUUCUGGCUUGAUGUGCAACUGAGAUACGGUGACUACGAUUCUCAUGACAUUGAACGUUACGUCCGUGCCAAGUACCUUGACUACACCACAGACAGCAUGAGUAUUUAUCCCUCCGCAACUGGCCUCAUGGUCGGCAUUGAUCUUGCCUACAACUUGUACUCCGCUUAUGGCCAGUACUUCCCGGGUCUGAAGACUUUGAUCCAACAGGCCAUGGCCAAGGUCAUGAAGGCGAACCCUGCUCUGUACGUCCUUCGGGAGCGUAUUCGCAAGGGUCUGCAGCUGUAUGCGUCAGAGAGCAACCAGGAGUUCUUGAACUCUCAGAACUACUCGGAACUUUUCAGUCCGCAGAUCCAGUUGUUCAUUGACGACACAAACGUCUACCGUGUCACCAUUCACAAGACCUUUGAAGGUAACUUAACCACCAAGCCUAUCAAUGGUGCUAUCUUCAUCUUCAACCCUAGAACAGGUCAAUUGUUCUUGAAGAUCAUUCACACCAGUGUCUGGGCUGGCCAGAAGCGUUUGGGUCAGUUGGCGAAGUGGAAGACUGCGGAAGAAGUUGCAGCUUUGAUUCGAUCUUUGCCCGUGGAAGAGCAACCGAAGCAGCUCAUUGUCACUCGAAAGGGUCUGCUUGAUCCCCUCGAGGUUCAUCUGCUUGACUUCCCCAAUAUCUCCAUCCGUGCCUCCGAACUUCAACUGCCCUUCCAGGCUGCCAUGAAGGUUGAGAAGCUUGCAGAUAUGAUCCUGCGUGCCACUGAACCCCAGAUGGUUCUCUUCAACUUGUACGACGAAUGGCUAAAGUCCAUCUCCCCAUACACCGCUUUCUCUCGAUUGAUCUUGAUCCUGCGUGCCCUCCACGUCAAUAUUGACAAGGCCAAGAUUAUUCUCCGUCCGGACAAGAGUGUCAUUACCCAGGAGCACCACAUCUGGCCCUCCCUUUCCGACGAGGAUUGGAUUAAGGUUGAAGUGCAACUGCGUGAUCUGAUCUUGAACGACUAUGGAAAGAAGAAUAAUGUAAACGUACAGAGCUUGACCAGUAGCGAAGUGCGAGAUAUUAUUUUGGGUAUGGAGAUCAGUGCACCAUCUCUCCAGCGUCAACAAGCCGCAGAGAUUGAGAAGCAACAAGAGGAGGCGAAGCAACUCACUGCUGUGACAACCAAGACCCAGAACUCCCGUGGCGAGGAUAUAAUUGUGACGACCACUUCUCAGUACGAGCAACAGUCAUUUGCGUCCAAGACUGAGUGGCGCACCCGCGCUAUUGCAACAUCGAACCUUCGAACCCGAUCCAACAACAUCUAUGUCUCGUCUGACGACGUUCGUGACGAGGGAUUCACUUACAUCAUGCCAAAGAACAUUCUCAAGCGAUUCAUCACUAUUGCGGAUCUUCGGGUGCAGGUAACGGGUUACAUUUACGGUAGCUCGCCGCCAGACAACGAACAAGUCAAGGAGGUCCGAACUAUUGUCAUGGUCCCACAGGUUGGAAACACUCGGGAUGUUCAGUUGCCACACGAGCUGCCUCAACAUGACUACCUGAAUGGACUCGAGCCGCUCGGUAUUAUCCACACGGUUUCUGGAAACGAGCCCCCUUACAUGUCUGCAGCUGAUGUCACACAACAUGCGCGCCUCAUGAACUCUCAUCCAUCAUGGGACAAGAAGACUGUCACCAUGAGUGUUUCUUUCACUCCUGGAUCUGUCUCACUUGCCGCCUGGGGACUCACACCCCAAGGCUAUAAAUGGGGUGCUGAGAACAAGGACAUGACCUCCGACCAGCCCCAAGGCUUUUCCACCGAUAUGGGUCAGAAAUGUCAAUUAUUGCUCAGUGACCGAGUGCGCGGUUAUUUCCUUGUGCCCGAGGACAAUCUCUGGAACUAUAGCUUCAUGGGUAGUUCAUUUGGCAGUGUUGAGAAGAGACCUAUCUACGUCAAGAUCGACACGCCACUACGAUUCUACGAUGAUCAGCAUCGUCCUCUGCAUUUCCAGAACUUUGCUGAGCUGGAGGAUAUCUGGGUUGACCGGACGGAUAACUUUGAGUAA